AUGGCCUCGAUCACCAUCGUAUUUGACGUUGUCGUCAUGAUGCUCCCUUUCCCGACAUUACUCAAGCUCCAGAUGCCGAACCGCAAGAAAGUCGUCCUCCUAGGUCUUUUCGCGAUGGGAAUCUUCAUCUCCAUCAUCCAAAUCGUCCGCAUCCAGACCAUAAAAUCCCUCUCCAACCUCCUCGACUCAGCGGGUCUCAUCAAAUGGUCAAUGGUCGAGAACAAUCUCGGAAUAAUCGUCGCUUGCAUCCCGACACUCGCCCCUCUUGUUCGCUACUUCAGCGAGCAGUCCCGCGUGGGGAGUCGCAGCCGCAGCAAGUCGCAGAACAAUUCCGGUUACGCGUUACAGUCGACUUACCGCAAGAACCUUUCCCGAAGAAGCGGACUGCAACCUUUGGGUAGUGGGGUUGAUAAGCAGAUUGGUGAUAGUGCAGAGGACAUUUUGGCCAAGGAGGAUGGAAUCAUGCGCAAGACGGAAAUUGUGAUUAGUUCAGCUCAGGGACCGGCGGAUAGGGGAGAACUCACUCCGGGACACUAUCAUGGGAGGUAG